UCUAAGAGGACAACUCUGAGCCAAUCAGAGCUUUAGACUCUGAUAGAGCUCAGCUUGAGAUAAUGAGAGUUUAGAAGUUUGGAAGGCCACCACUACCCAAAAAAUAUUUGGAGGGUUAACUGUUUGUGACUGAAAGUAGAGAGGAAAUAGAAAGCAGUACAACACGUGAAUACAGUAAAGACAUCAAGGCGAUAAAAAGGAAUAAGACAAAAUAAAAAGAGAGCAGAGGAAGGUUAAGGCUAAAUCAAGGACAGGAAUCUGAGACAAAACACAAAAAGGACAUUGUGUCAGAGAGGAUGAAGAGUGAGAGGAAGGCUGCGCUGCUGGCCAUCACAGAAAACAUUGAGAUGAAGCUGUUCUCUUCAGAGGAGUCCUGUGUGGUGAUACCAGCACAGGAGAAGGAUGAAAACUACAGCUUUGACCAGAGACGCCUUGAACAUCCUCUGGUCGCUGACUGUGACGAGGAGCCAGAGCUGCAGGUCCAGACCAAACUCAGACAGCUGGCCAAACCCAAAACAGAGCCUCCUGCAAAGGACGAGGCCAAGCACUGCUCCCAUGUCUCAGAAUACAUGGAAGAAAUUCAAAUAGAAAUGGAGGUGUUUCCUCCCCUCAGAGUGCCUGAGAGUGAGCUGAUCGAGAUGAAUUCAAAUAAUUCUUCCAUCAUGACCCUGCCGUCUUCAAACAAAGCUAGCCGUCUCAAAUGGAAGAGACAGACUCUGCAGCAGACAGGACUGGUGGUCAAAGAUGUGGUCUGUCUACCUAGAGGACAAUACCUGGCACAGCUGGAGAGGCACAUUGUUCCACAAGGUAAAGAACGAGCAGCUCUGGUGGCCAUGGGAAUGACUGCUCGCAUCACCAUUGACUGUGGUUGGUCAGCCAAUCAGAUGCAGAGUCGGCUAGCGUUGCUCUUCAGGAGGCUGUUUGUAAGACGGCUGGGACAAAGGUUCUCCUUCACAUAUCUACAGUGUGUGCAGGGCUCCAGGGCGCUAUUUGUCCCAGAGACCCCUGCUGAGGGCUGGACAGGAGAACAGGUACUCAGGAUCUCUGGACAUGGUGCUUUAUAUAUCAUCAGCCACCAGAACUACCCAGAGUGCACGCUUGACCUGGACAUCAUCCUGAGACUGUUCAGGCAGCAGAAUGUGGAUCGAGACGUAGAAACCCACAUCUGUGUGAGGAGGGGAGAGCUGCUCCGCAGCACUCUGAAGGUGGUGAGGAGGCCAGACUUCUGUUUCAAGGCAAAACCCAUCAUAACCUUCAGUGAGGAGGAGACUGACGGCAAUGAGGGACCUCUCAGAGAAUUUUUCAGAUUAACUUUGCUGGAGCUGCAGGAAAGUUCUAUAUUUGAGGGUCAUCCGGGGCGGCUAUUCUUGACCUGUGACCUCACAGCUCUUGAAGACAGGAAAUACUAUGAAGCAGGCGUUCUGAUUGGCUGGUCUCUGGCUCAAGGCGGGCCUGGACCCCGUUGUCUGCACCCUACACUCUACCAGUUGAUGUGCGGCCAGAAUCCAUCUUUGGAGGACUUCGACUGGAAUGACAUUGUCGAUACUGAAGCACAGAUGUACCUGCAACAGCUGCACAGUUGUACUGAUGUGAAGCUGCUAUCUCCCAAUCUCUGUGACUGGGUGGCGAGCUGUGGGAUCCCUGGAAUCUAUUCAGCCCAUUCUGAAGAAAUACCAGCCAUCUAUAUGCGCCUGGUCAAAAAUUAUAUCUACCAUAGGGUCACCAGUAUGAUCUCCCAGUUCAUCAAUGGGCUGAACAGCUGUGGUGAAUUGUGGGAUAUGGUACAGUCCCACUGGGAGGUGUUUGUGCCAGUGAUGACGAACACACAGCAGCAGCCUCUGACACUGGAAGAGUUCAAACAGCUUUUUACUGUUUGCUACAGCCGUCCAGACAGCCAGCUGAGGGCCGCUGAGGAGGCAACAGUUAGACACUGGGAAACAGUCCUCACCUUAGUCAGUGGUGGUAAGGCAGAUUUUUCCUUUGAAGACCUCCUCAUCUUCAUCACAGGAACUGACCAUUUGCCUCCUCUUGGGUUCCCCAAAAUGAUCUCCCUACAUUUUUACUCCCAGGAUGCAAGUACAUCAGGUGUGCGUCUGCCCUACGCCUCCACCUGCGCUCUGGAACUCUUUCUGCAGAGGGGAGUAGCAAGGGCUGCAGACCUGUUGGCACUGCUGAGCAGAGCUGUGCGUGAAUCCCUGUGCUUCACACAGUUCCAUGGAGAGGAUGGCUGUAAAAAGUGAUGACAAGAUUAUGAAAUGGACGCCCUUGUGGAUACUUCUAACUGAUUUUGUGGAGCUCAAUUGUUUCUGCAAAAUUUUAACACUGACUGAGAAGAAACUGGGUAUAGGUGUUGUUUUUGUGACGUGGUGAUGGAGUCUAGACAUUGCAUUGUUUAAAGCUUUAUUCAGUUAGACUUAGGUGUAUAAUAAUGGCUGAGCUCAUACUGAAAUUCUAGAAAUGUCAUGUGAACAAUGAUGUCUUUGAUAAGAUUAAGAAGGGAAUGGUACUUGUUUACUGUAUAACGUGAGUUAGAAGUUUUGGCUGUUGAAGAUAAAUUAAUUCUUCAAGGUAAGAUCAUAACCCAUGUUUUGUUUUAAUCUUUUAAUAGUUAUUCCAAUAAUCUUAGAUAUCAAAAUCAUGAAUGCUCAUGCUCAUUUCUGACAUCUUACAAAAUACUGUAACUACUUUAAAUACUCAUUUAAUUUCACAUGUCGCAUUGUUUCUCUGCAUAUAUUUAUAAUUGUAUAUAUUGAAGAAAUGUUUUUACAUGAUCAAUU